AAUCACUGUGCAAUUGAGCUCGAAGGCCAGAGCAUCAGGGCCAUUAUCACCGAACGCCAACACCAGUUGGACACAAUUUUGCACGACAUCUCAGGUUUGCAAACAGUCAUGGAUGGUAUCCACACUCUUCAGCAGCAACUCGUCGAGCAGAAGAACAAGAUCAUCGAAUCUAUUAAUUUGCAUAAGAGGCUCGUAUCACCUCUUUGGCGCUUGCCAACUGAAGUCCUGUCCCAAAUAUUUUGCCACUGUCUCCCGCCAAUCCCGAAACUUGCCGUACCUAUGUCGUUGACCAGAAUAUGUCGACGAUGGAGGGAGGUUGUUGUAGACAUGCCCAACUUGUGG